AUGGUAACAUUUUCCAGUCUCCCUCCGGAGCUCAUCAUCGGGAUAUGCUCCCACCUGCAGACCGAACAUGUCUUACAAGACGUGUUUGCUCUCGCUGAGACGGAUGAGAUUAUAAAAUACAUUUUACAGCAGCCUUGGAGGGAUGUUUUCCACUUUUCACUCGCCAACCACAGGCUUCGCGGCAUCAUUCAGCCUUUGCUUUACCGGAGGAUCAGUGUCCACGGAGUUUUUGCAAUCACGAAACUAAUUGCCCUGUUGCGCUUCGUCACUCAAAGGCCAGAUAUUGCCGCCAACAUUAAACAACUCUAUCUUAAUCUCGAGCCACAACUAACCGGUAUCACAUCCAUAACGUCACGCGACAUUGAUUUCAUACGUCAGGCUUCUGCUUCUGCAAACAUACCAUUCUCCGAGUCCCUUUGGGAGGAAAGCUCGGUAAAAGAGUUUGACUGGGACGACUACGACACACCUUACAGCCGCUAUGUUCAGCGUCGUUGCCGCAAUGAAUGUGGGCGCCUAGGAAUCCUCCUCAUGCUUUUGCUUCACCCCAUGAAACAGCUCAAAGAGUUAGGGUUGACACAAACCCGAGAUAUCUUCCGCAUAUUGAGAAAAGAGCUCGAGCAACAAGACGAUGAGAAUGAAGAAUCUGAAGAUAUGGAAAGCGACUAUGCUAGUAGCGAGGAAUGGGGUGCCGAGCAGCCCAGCGGUAUGCCGACCUUCCCAAGUCUCAACUCGCUCAGUGCAAGAAUCUCGGAUAUAAUGUGGCUCGCUGGCGAAGACAUCGGAACACUUCUCAUGAUUUCACCCAAUGUCACGCGUCUCCGUCUCGAGUGUGGAGACAUGAUUGCCUUUCACAGCUUUCUCGCCCGGGGGCUCCAGCACGUCACAGAUUUGACACUCAACGGCCUCCCGAUGCUUGAUGGUGAGUUUGAGAAGAUUAUUGGCAGCUGCCAAGCUCUUUUGUCCUUUAAAUAUAUCGCAAAGGACCUUGGUCAGGACAACUUCGGCCUCGACCUCAAGUCUGCUGUCGAAGCCCUAAAAAGUCAUGGAGACACAUUGCGCACACUCUGUCUGGAGCUCUCCAAGAGUCCGGCUUCUGAUGAUGUGACAAUCCCCGACACAUUUUCGGAUUUCAUCGUCCUUGAGAACUUGUGGAUCGACGCAAGCUUCUGGGUGGACACCAUCUUCGACGAUGAAGGAUACGAAGAUUUAGGAAACGACAUUAUGUCAAUGCUUUUGUCACUUCCGAAGUCACUGAAACGCCUACGAUUGGGUGGAGAAAUUUGGCAUAAAAAACUCGUGGAAUUCAUAGGUAACAACCACAACAUUCUUCCCAAUCUCCUGACUGUUGAUGUUGGUUGGAGGGACGCUGCUGAGGCAUACGGAUUGGGUGAUUUGUCGGAUGAGGAGCUGUCAGAAGGACAUCUUACCGCUUUGAUCACAGAGCUGUGGCCAGGCUCAUCUUUGAUUGGGGAUUAA